AUGGCCACCGUGGAUGUUCAACUACCUGUCGUCCGACCAACUCCCCCUAACGUCGAAGUGAAAGAAAUGCCUCAGCCAAAGACUGACGACAUCUUUUACGGGCUCACCUCGAAAUGGCCCGUCGCUCUAGAUAUCGCAGGCGGUGGUGCACCUUGCCGUCUGGAGGGUGAAGUAGGCGAUUUGGUCGUCUUGGGUGAGAUUCCAAAAGAGCUAAAUGGGACCUUUUACCGCGUCAUGACGGACCCAUUCGUCCCGCCCCACCCCAACAAUGUUCCUCUGGAUGGAGACGGUCACAUUUCUGCAUUUAGAUUCCAUGAUGGAAGGGUGGAUAUGAAGUUGAAGUAUGUUGAGACGGAGCGCUAUCUUAUUGAACGCCGGGCCAAUAAGGCGAUGUUUGGGCUUUACCGUAACCCUUAUACACACCACCCAUGUGUACGGGCCGCAGUGGACUCAACUGCAAACACAAACCUUGUUCUUUGGGCAGGGCAUCUGCUGGCACUCAAGGAAGGAGGUCUGCCCUACUCAGUAAACCCUAACACCCUGGAAACUGGAGUAUACGAUCCCUUUGGCCAAGUCAAGUCUAAAACAUUCACCGCGCAUCCCAAGGUGGACCCGUAUACGGACGAACUGGUCGUCUUUGGCUACGAAGCAAAAGGCCUUGCUACAAAAGACAUUGUCGUGUACACGCUGGACAACGAGGGAAACAAGAAGGACGAGCAAUGGAUCCAGGGUCCUUGGGUUGCUGCAAUCCAUGAUUGUGCAAUCACCCCCAACUGGCUGAUUCUUGUACUGUGGCCUUUCGAAGCCGAUGUCGAACGUAUGAAACGUGGGGGUCAGCACUGGGCAUGGAAUUACGACCGCCCUGCAACUUUCGUCGUCCUACCGCGCAGAAAGACCACCAAGCUUCCGCCUGGCUGGAAGCAAGACGAGUGGAGAGUGUAUCCCUGGGAAAACUGCAUGCUCGUACACACCGCAGGAGCAUGGGAAGACGAAGGCCACAAACUUUACAUCGAAACAUCACGCGUUCACGACAACGCACUUCCCUUCUUUCCCUCCGACGAUGGCCGUAUGCCCGCACCCGACGCCAAAGCCGAUUUCGUGCGUUGGGAACUCGACCUCACCCAGCCAACCAACACUCGUGUCCCCGAUCCCACCAUCAUUGUCGAUGUCCCCUGCGAGUUCCCCCGCAUCGACGAGCGCUUCAACACCAAGCCUUAUCGAUAUAUCUUCUUAGAUGCUUUCAUGCCCUCGCGCUCCGAUGGCGGCAAAAACAUCUUCCACGGCCUCAACGCCCUCGCCAUGAAAGAUACCCUCACAGGCAGCAUGCGCUUCUUCUACGCCGGCGACGGCUCCCUAGUCCAGGAACCGGCCUUCAUCCCCCGCUCCGACGAUGCUCCUGAAGGUGACGGAUGGGUUGUUGCGAUGGUGGAGAGGCGAGAAACGAAUAGGAACGAUAUUGUUGUGCUGGAUACGAUGGAGUUUGAGAGGCCGGUUGCGAUUGUCCAGUUGCCCGUGCAUGUCAAGGCACAGGUGCAUGGGAAUUGGGUUGAUGCGGGGAUUUUGAAGGAAAUGAAGAGUUUGGUGAGGGAGCUGAGGCCAGUGCAGAUAAGUGGAAAGGGGGCUUUGGAGCCGAUUGAGUAG